AUGUCCGAAGAGGCCGAUUCGCACGCGGAAAAUGCGUUGGCAGCAUGGGCAUGUUGGGAGGACUUGAGCGUUAAUGCUGGGGAUCCGAGAUGCUUGCAACUCCCAAGCCGCCUAUUUUUCCUUGACAGUUGUGGUUUCAUCGGUUUCGUAGACUACGACACCGACCUUCAUUGCCCCUCUCCGUCUUCCGCGAUAUUUCACGACGCGGACUCGCGCAUCAACUACGGCAUUAGCCUGGAAUCUUCCCGCCCUUUGCGUGGACCUCGAAAAUCCCUCUCGGUACCAAAUUUACUGGGUGAGAGUUCUUACGCUGGGUCAUGUAUAACGCCUGCAGUCGGAGGCGCAUUGCCCGAGCAGCCGAACUACGAGUACAGAGCCUGGCAGGCUCUUUCGAAAUUUGCCCUAAAAGCUCGCGACACCUCUGUUCGAACUGAACAGGUUGAAGUAUUGAGCAGGCUCGAAGGUAUUCUAAAGGGCACAGAAACGGAAAGCCAGUCGGGGCUUAUUGCACUGCUGCGAAAAUUCGGUGAGGCUGAUCUUCUCCCUGCACGACAGAGGUUGCCUACAAGUGGUCUUGUCUACGCAUCUGAAGAGGAAGUACUCAGCGCCGCGAACCUCGCUAAAAUCGCAAAGGAUAAGGUUUGGAGCAGUUCUGCUGUUUCUUCCCAAUUAAACUUUUAUUCAGCUGCUCCUACGAAGCUGAAUGCCAGAUCGAUGUCGGAGGACUUUCUUUUAUUCUUAUCCGCCUUCACUGAGGAUCUGCAAGCUCUAAGGGACUUAUCAAAACAACUUAUGAAAGUCGUCGAUCUCCUAAACUCCCAAUCAUCUCUAUUCGAGGUGGAGAACUAUGUGAAACUCAAGGAGGCUUACCGACUUCUGACUUAUUUGGUGUCUUUAAAGACACAAAAACUGCAGUCCGAACUUUUUAAAGGCUUGAGCCCAUCGCUAACAUAA